CGUGGUGUGCAGCUUUGUGCGCAUGUUCUGCUGUUAGGAUGGUGUCGCUGUGCAGCUCCUCAUCAUUGCAUGGUUCAUGUCCAGCUGGAAGAGGCUCUGUACAAUAACAGCCAUCAGAAAUCGGGAAUAUCGACAAAUCAGGAGACAUCAUGAGCAAAGUACAGGGAGGGAUGAAAUGCGUGAAAUAUCUGCUGUUCAUCUUCAACUUCAUCUUCUGGCUGUCGGGCCUGCUGGUGCUGGCGGUGGGACUCUGGCUCAGGUUUGACCCCAACACAGUGGAGCUGCUGACGGGGGACGGAGCCCCUGACACCUUCUUCAUAGCCGUGUACAUCCUUCUUGGUGCAGGAGGCCUGAUGAUGAUCGUCGGGUUCUUCGGUUGUUUUGGGGCUGUACGCGAGUCGCAGUGUCUUCUUGCAUCGUUCUUCGCUUGCCUUCUGAUAAUCUUCGCAGCAGAGAUUGCCGCUGGUGUGUUUGGAUUCAUAAACAAGAAACAGAUUGUUGAGGAAGUCCAAAAGUUUUACAGCAGCUCCAUUGCUGACGUCUCCAAUCCGAAUGACACAGCAAUCGCAGUCAUUUACCACCAAACUCUGAACUGUUGUGGAGGCUCCACAUCAGACACGUCCACCACACUGUGUGCAGAGGCCGAGGAGAACACCCAGGAUUGUCUCACUGCAAUAUCAGACUUCUUCGAUGAAAAGCUGCACACUAUUGGCUACAUAGGGAUUGGGAUAGCAGGAGUAAUGGUCAUAGGGAUGAUCUUCAGCAUGGUCCUGUGUUGUGCCAUCAGGAACAACAGGGAGGUUAUUUAGAAGUGGAGUCCCACCCAACCAGCGAGCCCACUACACCCUCAAUGACCCCUUUAUCAUUAAGACAACUGAAUAAAGAUGGAAAACCCCAAAGUUACAUUUUAUGUCAUUUCUCUAGUCCAUAAGAAUCUGGUGGGGGAGUUCAGGGAAUAUCACAAAGAGAGAAUUCAAUACAUCCCAGUUGUCCACGGGCCAAAAUGCAACACGAUACGCUGGAUCCUAAUCUGCACACCUCAACUCCACCAGCACUGAGUGAAAAUGAUUUUUUCCCCUGUACUGUAAACCAAGCUCUGCUUUUGGCACGACUCUGAGACAUAACUCAGUUUUAACAUCUUUUUGUUACACGACGCACUACACAAAGCCUUUUUAGACACAGGAAUGUUGUGACUGCUGUAAAUAUGGACAGCUAUUUUAUGCAAUUGUUGUUAACAUUAUUUAUUGUGCCCUUUUUAUGUAGCCAAUACUACUCCGUGUGCUUAUAUGUUUUGAGGACUAGCCUACCUUUGCUGAGUAAAGUUCCACCACGUGCCUAUCUUGUCACUACAUUUGCCUAUUUAUUGUGAUUUGAAUAUCUACAUGAGUUCCCUGCCACCACUCUCAAGUAUUUCUACUUUAAAGCACAAAAGAGGAAGUGAAAAUGUGAUAUUAAAAGGGUUAGGGAAGGUCUGAUGAUGAACUGCCUUUCUGUGAAUCCCCAAACGUAUCCAAAAGGUCCCGAGUAACACAGAGUCGUGAGCUCCUCUCGAGCACGUGUGAACUGUAACAGUGAGAUAGUUUGCAUUUUGUGUGAAUUAUUUUGGAUGUACAUUUUGUUGGUGUGCCAAUAAGAUGUGAAUUAUAGAAUAAUAUAGUUUAUGCCAUAUUGUUAACCGUAAUAAAUAGAAAUAAAUAUUGGGUGCUUUUAAAAAA